AUGGCUCCCCGGGGGCCCUCGAAAGCUCGUGACUACGAUUACGCCAACGUUGGAAAAGCCGGAAGGCGCACAGGCAUAAUCCUGAAGGAAGGAAGGCGUGAUGAAUUCGGCAUGGAAGAAGUCGAUGGCAUAUUCUCCUCCCCCGAAAGCUCCCCGACGAGAGACAAUGGGUUCGGCAUUCGGAAUGAAGCUUCAGUCGGCUCAGAUGGCAUGUCCAUGGAUGAGGGAACUAGCCCUGGCCCUGCAGACUAUUUAAACAGCAGACGUGGCUCUUAUUUACCUCCCCCUGUCGCACGAUCGCCUAUGAAAACUGGGCUCACAGGCUCCCCACGGCGAACGCCCGGUCUGCGGUCGUCGCAGAGUCCACAGCGCAAUCACCUCUCCUCCAGUCCUUCCGAUGGAAAGGGGUUGGGAAUCGCAAAGAGCGAAUCAUGGCGUGACAUAUCCCCUCUGACCAAUCGUUCCGCGAAUGCGACACCGUCUAUGAACCACCUGCACAGCGCGCGCAUUAGCAAGAAGACUGAGAUAGUCGCCCAACAGCUCAUAAGCCAAGGCUACUCUGAUAGUGAUACUAGCAUUCAGUCAAGUGGCGACGAAAAUGCGGAUGUGCUUAGACAGGAGCAUGAUGCAGUGGAAAGCAUUCAUGCCGACGAGGACGUCCUGACGCAGGACCCUAUAGAUGAUUUGAAUUUGGACGAGGCACGACCCGAGUCCCCAUUCAUUCUUGCUCCCAAAGCACGUACGAAAGGUCGACCUAAGGCUUCCUUCAUGGCAAACGUGGAUGGCAUAAGACAGAAAUUGCACAAUCAGGACGCCAGUGAUGUUUCUGAUAUAGUACAAGCAGAUGCCACACAAAAGCGCAAGCGCCCUGGCAGGCCCCCCAUGUCUCAGCACAGCGCAGCUCAUGAUAUGAUUGAGCAGAGACCGAUAAAGAAACCUAGAGUGAAUGCUCAGACUGGCCGAAGAUCGAGUUCAUCUGGCGACGCUGAGCUGGAUAAAGUGGUGGAGAACUAUAUUAAUCGCACGGGGCCGUUGAGGGGUCGGAGCUUGUAUGUGUUGAAGCGCGAAGCCCCGUCAGACGACACUGCUACGCACACCCGAUCGGGCCGCGUCUCAGUAAGGCCACUUGCUUACUGGAGAAACGAGCGAUGUGUUUACGGUGACGGCGAGGCUAUAGAAGGUCAAAGAUUUCCAUUGUCAACCAUUAAGGAGAUCAUUCGCACAGAAGAGCUUGAGCCGGAACAAUCCCACUCAGGCAAACGCCGCCCUUCAAAAAAGUCUCGAGCGAAACAGAGUAGAGUUGAAGACUCUGAUGAGGAUGCCGCUUAUUUAGACCCGUGGGAAAAGAAAGGUGGGAUUCUGCAUGGUUAUGUCAGAAUGUGGGAUUCGGAAUCUCAGACGGCAACAGAGUCGGACAUCGUUGAUCUCGCAUAUGCCCCGUCUGGAAUGGAGACCAAAAGUGUCAAAGACUCGUCGUGGCGAUUCGCUAAACUCAUCAGUUCUCCCUUCAUGGGUUCCGGGAUCGUUGAGUUGCCGCCUGGCGGAGUCAAAAAACCCAAAAACUCUAAGAAAAUGCAUAUGGUCUUCUACAUUUGCAAUGGACGCGUGCAGGUAGAUGUCUCAGGGGUACGGUUCAGUGCGGGCAAAGGCUGUGUAUUUCAGGUCCCCAGAGGCAAUUAUUACAGCUUUGCGAAUACGCACAAUAAGGAUGCACGAUUGUUCUUCACGCAAGGCUGUCUACCUGAAAAUGACGACUCUGCCCCUGGCUCUGCGACAAAGGCCGGUAUCAUGGAAGCUGACUCGAGCACACCGACAGGGCGCUCCACGACUACUGGGAAAGGUAGGCCCAGGGGCAAGCAGAAAAUUGGGCCCGGGCGCAAGGCGAAAUGA